UCUCACCCCUCUUCGCUCUGCCUCUGUCGCGACAGUUUCACAUUUCACCGGAAUAACCGCUCUGUCGCUCUGCCUCUGCCUCGCCAGUCACCGGCUUCGUCUCCGACCGUCGCUGGCUGCCUGGCUCGCUGCUCGGCUACUACUGCUUAGCCGCUCAGACCUCACAACCUCAGCCCAUUGCUCAGUUGAUUUCAAGAUUUUUCUACCCCGACCGCUGAACGGAGAAACCAUGGCAUCUCGAACCUUGGCGAUCCAUCUUUUCAGGAAGGUCCGAACCGUCCAAUACGGGUUGCCCCGCCGCUUGCACCACGGGCCAGACACUGUGGAGGAGCUUCUCGAUCGGCACAUCGUCAAGGAGGAGAGGAAGAGUCUCAACGACAACGAUAAUGAAAUCCUGACCCGCCAGUGGCUCACCAGCACUCGCCGAGAGGCGCUUAGUCUCUACAGGGACAUUAUCCGGGCUACCCGUUUCUUCAUGUGGCCUGACUCCCGAGGCGUUCUCUGGCGUGAUAUUCUUAGAGAGAACACCCGGAAGGAAUUCGAGGAGGCCCUAUCCGAAAGGGACCCGGAAGUUAUCACACGUUUGCUGAUUGGGGGUCGCGACGCUCUGCAUUCUGCGCUUGAUAAAGUUGUUGAGAAACAGAAGCAAGAGAUGCAGAAGCAACAAGGCAAUUCAAAAUCUUCUCCAAUUUUGUGAAUGGAAUCUCAAAACGAGCAUGCUAUUUUAGGUUAUGACUCUCAUUGGAUUCAGACAACAGGUAACUCGGGUCAGGGUCAAGUUUAUUGAUCUCCAGAACAGAUUGAUUGAGGAUAUGGGGAAUGUGAGGGGAUCAAUGAGAGAGGUUGAUCAUUUUGGUUGAGUUUGAGUGAGAGGCCUAGAGAUUGAUUGCAGUGAUGCCAAUGGAUUUAUCUCUCGACCCGCCAUUAGAGGGUUUGAAUACCUUCGAUAUGAUGCUUUAAUAGCAUUUUUUAUGUAAUGGUUAUUAGUUUCAUGUGGGAUAAUAAUUGGGACUUUACUUUGAUCAAAUGAGUUAUAAUUUUUUUCUUAUUAGUUUGGACAAGUGUUUAAAGUGUUGGUACUAAAUUGAAUGGGAUUGUUAUGUGAUUUUCUUGCAA